AUGACGAUAGGGCAGCUGCAUCCUUGCAUUGGGGAGGUGCUCCUUACCCGAGAAGUAUUGCAGGAGCGGGUCUCAGAGGUUGGCAGGGAGAUUGCAGCCGACUACGCCGACAAGCAGCCGCUGGUGAUUGGCACGCUGAAGGGCGCGGUGGUGUUCAUGUCGGACCUCGUCCGCGCCAUGGAGCCCACGCCGGCGGGGCUGGAGCUCGACUUUGUGCGAGCCUCCUCCUACGGUGCCGGCACCGUCAGCAGCGGCAAGGUGGCGCUGACCAUGGUGGGAGGCACCGACGUCAAGGGGCGGCACGUGCUGCUGGUCGAAGAUAUUGUGGACUCUGGGCGUACCGCCGCCGCGCUGCUGGAGCACUUCUCUGCCGAGGGCGCCGCCUCGGUCAAGCUGGUGUCGCUGCUCAGCAAGCCCUCGCGGCGGGCGGUGCAGUGCGAGCCAGACUACCAGUGCUUCGAGAUUGAGGACAAGUUUGUCGUAGGAGUGGGACUAGACUACCGGGAAGAGUACCGCUCGCUGCCGUACAUUGGCGUGCUCAAGCCCGAGUGCUACGAAAGCUGA